AUGUCAAAUACGCAGCAAGUCAAGCAGCAAGUACCUAUCAAGCGGCAGGGUACAAUAUCAACUUGCGAGCGGACUGGAAAGGCAUUGCUUGGGAGCUAUGCCGUCAGGUACAGCAGAACCAACCAGCCUGCUGGCAUUGCCAAGGGCCUUACCGCUGCUGCUGAGCAGGCCGACCUGACUGCAGACCCGGACGCAGUAACCGGGGCCGCAAGCAGCACCGAUGGUGCCACAGCAAGCGGCGUAUCCCUGUCUAACCGAACCGCUCCUGUGCCAGGCAAGCUGACCAUCUCAACUUCAGCAGUUUUGACAGCAGCCACGCAGACAGACCAGGAGAAUGUCGUGCCGGGCUCACCCCCCACGCAACAGCUGUCCGGUGCUGUUCCCCCAAAGCUGGGAGAAACUCUUGAUUUGCUAGCUGUGUACCGGCCGCCUAGGCUCAUCCUGCCCGGUCCUCCGCCGGCGCCUCCUCCGGCCCCACCGCUUGUCCUGGUCAAGUACAAUGGCACCAUGUCAGGCACAACGGCAAUCAGGGAACUGGUUCAAGCGAGUGGGAAUGGGAUCAUGGACGCGCUCAGCCCGGGUUUGGGAGCUGCCACGAAAGGCCGCGGUCCGGUUAAACCGGUAACCACCUGGCGCACGAGGAGCUACAAUCGGAAUAUGGAGAGUGAGGUUAUCUUGAAGCUGAAGCUCAAAUCCUAUGUCAUCGUCGCAGUUCAGGUCGUCUUCACGGACCGUUCAACGCUACCCAACCUCAUCCGCUUCGCGCAUUCCGGCGGCCACUCCGGACCGUUUAGGCAGCUAGGCGGUGAUGUGACCCUCGCGGCGGACGGGGAGCCCCGCCUAAAGCAAACAUACCUGCUGGGGGCCUGCCACGCUCCGGUUCAGCAGUACCUGCGAAUCACGCUGGUCGGGCAUUUGAACCUGCCGGCCGCAGGAGUGCACGACGUGCGCACGCUCGAUGUCCUGGUGCCCAGCCCGGCCUUACAGCUGGCCUCAGCCCCGCCGGGCUCUGAUGCGCCGGGCCCAAUCUCCCCGCCCGCGCCGAGCAUGCGCCACGCUGCCAUCCUACAGGGCGCGCCCUCACUGCCCAUCCUCAACGAACGAUAUACCAGCCCGGCCGUCGCCAAGGAGCUCCCCGCGCGGCCGCGUUACGAGCAGCACCAGUCGACGUCGUUUACCGCGGACGCCAGUCGUACGGAUUCCCGGGAGAAGGGGCGGAAGCUGCAGGCGCGCGCAGGUGACACAGCCAGCUCCCGCGCAGCGGCUGCGGGGCCGCAUUUGGAACCUCAGCAGCAGCAACAGCUGCAGCAGCAGCUCUACCAGCCGUUGCUAAAGGGGCAGAGCUACCCUGCACCGUCCGGAGGGCCGGUCCGGACCCGCGCGCAUCCGGAUACGUUUUCGCGAUCCUUGAUGGGCUUGGGCGGUCCUGCGGCGGCACGACAGGCUGCUGGUGACGGCGACGAUAAGAAAACAGCGAGCGUCGUCGGUGCCGUAGCCGAGGGCGUGGACCGUGGUGCGGGCGCCGCCAGCGGCACUGGCGUCGGGGCUGCGCCCGUCCCGCGGCUAGGGCUAGGCCUGGGUCGCCUGCGGUUCGGCUGUUCCAUGCGCAAGUUCAUGAUGCUUCACACGCCCAUUCCAGAGGUGUCCGAAAGCAACUUGUCGACCCCACUGGAGGAGGCCGACGUGGUCAACGAUCCUGUGGCUGGGAAGCCCCGGCUACUCUGUCUUCCUGAUACCGGGGGGUCUACGCAUAGCUGCCAGCGCUACGGCCGGAAGGUGCAUGAUGCGAUCAGCCCGCUACGGCCCAUGCCCAACCUGGUCGGAGUCGCCGACGGUGCAUGGCAAGGGCACGCGCCAGCAGCGCCACCGCCAGGAGAAGCCAUGUGCGGCAGCUUGCAGGUCGAGUAUGGCACGGAUGAUGAUGUGGUCGUGAGGGGCAGCAGCAGCGGUCAUGGUGGCAGCGACGCUGGGGAGGAUAUCGGGUGCCCUUCUGACGAGGACGAGGUGCAGCAGCAGCGUGGCGGUGGUGGGGGGCCGGCAGGACAGGCUCCGAGUGCGCUGUCAGCAGGGCAGACGGCGCCGGACGGCAGCAGCAACAACCCACAUGGGGCGUCGGGUGCUGAGGCCGGCAUCGGCGUCCCGCCGGGUCCAGCCGCAGACGAGCUGAGCGUCGUACGCAAAUACGCCAUCUCUGCACUCGAUAAGAUGUUGGGCCACACGCCAAACUCGCAACGCAUCCGGUCCCGGCUGCCGUCAAUGUCGUUGCCAGAGGCCAUGCAGGAGUACCUGCAGCGCACGUCCACGGGUUCGCUGCUAGGCAGUCACGGGGGAACCACGCGCGGUUCCACAUGCGGCGGGGCCCCCGUGGAGCAUUCCAUGGCCCGCAUUAACGAGGAGGUAACACCGCGGACAGGAAUCAGCGAGGGCGGUGGCUACGGGUUCGGUAGUGGCGCAGCCACCUCGUGCUGCUCCUGCUCCGCAGGGCCCGGCGCGCAGCGGGCUCUGACAACGUCGAUGGCGUCGCUCAGCCUCUCGGCUCGUGGGGAUGCGGCCGAUAGGAGCGGCUAUGCCAUCCGACGGCAAAGCGAGCCGCCUGCAGGAAGUGGGGUGGCGGGGCUCGAGGGCGCUGCAUCUUCCUUGCAUGCGCCUCCGGUGCGGGCUCCGCCGCCACCACCAGGACCUCCGCCGCCGCCGUUGGCUUCGUCGUACACUGCUCCAGGAGCUGCACCACCGCCGCCGCCACCCCCCGGGCCCCCACCACCGCCAAUACUGGGUGGUGCGGCCAGGCUUUCGGUUGCACCGCCGCCUCCAGGGCCGCCGCCGCCGCCUCCCGUUUCCAGGGUCGCAUCAGCCCCAGUUCCGUCAAACUGCGGUCCGCAUCCCGGGCUGGUGGCCAUCGCAGCCGGGAGGUCUUCGUCAAUGCCGCCGCCCCCCCCGCCAGGACCGCCCCCGCCGCCAGCCGUCAGCAUGCACAUGGCCAAGCCUGGGGCCGGACCCCCCCCGCCGCCAGGGCCGCCGCCACCAGCUGUAGGUGUUCAUGCGGCUAGGACCAGCACGCCAACGCUGCCACCUGCGACAUCGGGGCGGUUGCAGACAAGCGCUCCCCAGCCGCCAACACUUAAAGGGGCCACCAACAUGCCGCAACUAGCAGCGCCAGAACAAGCGCCGCCGGUGUCCGGGCCCGUGGCCGGGCCAAGCGCUUCCGACCAAGCCCAGCCCUUGCCAAGCAAGCCCACAAGCAAGCUCCAUUGGACCAAAGUACCCACGUAUGCGGCCAAGAACAGCGUCUGGUCUGAGAUGACGCCACUAAAGAUUGUGCAAAAGCUGGUCCAGAUCACGACCACCGGUGAGCAGCUGAUGGACGAGGAGCAGCUGGAGGCCAUUGUGAAAAUUCUCCCAACGGAGGAGGAGCGCAGGCGGCUGGCAGAGUACAAGGGCGACCGCGCCUGUCUCAAUGAAGCCGACAACUUUCUGAUUGAGCUCUUGCCCUUGGCUACGGACCUGGCACCGAAAAUGCGUCUCUGCAUCGCGAUGACCUCUCUUCCGCGCCGCCUCGAGGUGCUGUCUAAGGAUCUCGCGCUAGUGUCGAGUGCCUGUGCCGAGGUGCGGAACAGCAGUUUGAUGAAGCACUUGCUGAAGGUGGCGCUGGAGAUUGGCAACUUCCUCAACGCGUCAUCGCCCCAGGGCGCCGCCGUUGGCUUUCACCUGGAGACGUUGCUGCGGUUGCGCGACGUCAAGUCUACCAACAACCGGGGCCAGACGCUGCUGCACUUCGUGGCCAGGCAACAGCUGCGGCAGUACCCGGAUGAGUCCUUGUUGGAGCAGCUGCGCUCGUGCCACCCGGCCAGCAAGCUCAACACGGCGACUGUGCUGGAGGAGUUGCGGGGAAUGCGCAACAAGCUCCAGGAGCUUUCGAAAAAUCUGUACACGCCAACCGGCGACCCGAACGCGACUGCGACGCCGUUCCAGGCGGCCGCGCGUGGUUUUUUGGAAGAUACCAUACAGAAGAUUGAUGUGGUGGAGGUUGCUGCCAAUGAAGCGGACAGCGCAUUCUUGCAGAUCCGCGCCUACCUGAACGGUAACAACGAUAAAACCGAUAUGCCCCGUUUCUUCUACGUUCUGAGCUCUUUUGCGCUGGACUUGUCAAGAGCACACGCCGAAAACAUCGAGUUCGAUGCGCGGGUAGCCAGAGCAAAGCUUGCGGCGGAGAAGACGCCGUUGCGUGCUGGUUUUGGAGCCACCCGCAGCGCCAGUUGGCAGGCACCAGCGAGCGACCCGGGGCCAAAGGCGCGAAUACUAAACGCGGUUCGAGCCUUCAGCCGCCUGCGCCCUUCGGAAAGAAAGGCACUCCUGACGGAGAAGGGCGCGCGCGAUCGCAUCCGGGAGCACAACAUUACGGUCCGGCAGAGCAUCUCCCAUCCCAUGUCAGUGAGCGCCAACACAACGCCAGUGGGAAAGAUGCUGGCGGCGCAGGGCGGCUCUCGUACUCCGCCAGGCAGCAGCGGCGCCGCCGCCGGGUCAACUGCGGCCGCCAGCCCCGUCGCGCCGUCGCCUGGGGAGCAGACGUUGGCGCAGGGCCUGCAGCAAUUCAGCCGGGAGGCUCUUCUCCGCCUCAGCAUGCCCUCCGACCUCCUCAGAGCGGCCGUCGCCCAGACGCGCUUCUCCGGCUCUGGCACCGGGCCCUCCUGCACGACGCGGAAGGGCCGGGUCGUGGGGCGGAGUCCUUCAUCCGGCAGCGGGCCGCACUGUCCAGCUGCCAUCGAACGCAUUCCCGAGGAUGGCCUGCCGCCCAUGGUGGAUGCAGUGGGGACGUCCCCGCUGUUGCAGCGUCACCUUCCCUACCCGCACCACCGCCCCAAGAUGGCCCCACCUCCCAAGCUGGACUUGUCCAAGCUUCCCGCCACCACCGUCCAGGACCCUUGCAGCAGCCGCAGAGUGGGCGGCGUGCGCCUUGCGGGAGGGCCGCGCCCGGCAGCGCGCAUCAAGACGAUCCUCACGCCGCGGCUGCGGCCAACACGUACUCCGCGGCUCCCCAACGGCUCAGCAGGUAGCGCCGGGGGCACGUCCCCGGCGAAAGAGGAACCUGGCCAAGCCUUGGAAGACGCCUCUGGCGACAACGCCUGUGGUAGUGGUGGUGGUGGUGGUGGUGGUGGAGGUGGCGGCGGCGGCGGUGGGGCCAACGUGGCUGACGGCUGCAUGUCACGCUGCUUUAUGUCGCCCGGAGUGGACCAGGAGCUGAGUGCUCGAGAAGAGCAAAGGCUGCUGGCCGUCACGGAGCUAACUGCGGAGACGCGCGCACCCGCGAUCGCAGCCCCAAUACCCGACCCGGCCAUCCCAACCACCACACCCGCUGACCCCGCAGUCACGACUGCUACUACUGCUGUCGCAAGCUCAGCCAUACAGGUCAUCACACAGCCGGAUUGCCCAGCUGGCACCGUGACGGUGGCGGGCUCGGUUGCGGAAAUGCGGGACAGACGGUUUGAUGCCGAAGACGUGGUGGCGUCGGGCAUGGAAAGAGCCGCUGGAAAAGGGCCGACAGGGGGAACCGUCCUGAGUGACUCGCCGCCGGCCCCGCAUACAAGCAACUUCAGUGUAGAGGCUGCGGUCCACCCUGCGGCGCCAGCGGCGGCGGCGGCAGCAGGAGCUGCGGUGCGGCCUGGCGGCUACGCCAGCUUGCAACUUGCACGGAUGUCCAUGGCGCAGAAGCAGCUAGCGGCUGACGCUGCUGCGGCGGUGCAGCGGCGGCGCUCCUCCGCCGGUGGAGCCGGUGCUGCAGCGCCGCAAGCGCCGCUGCGGUCACCUACAGCUGCAGCUGCAGCCGCCGCGUCUCUGGUCGGCGCCCACGCGGCUGAUAAGAAGAAGCAGCCGCACACGGAUGGCGCCGCUGCCGACGCCGCGUCGGCAUCAGCACCAUCCACCUCAAGCAGCAUUCAGUCUUCUGGCCCAGCUGCAACAACGGGCAUCCCAUUUCGCCCCCGGCUCGGGGUAUGCGUGCAGCGGUACGCGCCCACCACCGAAGCACCGCCUCUGACACCGGUGCAAGAAGAACGCCAAAGCUGUUCCACCGACACCAGCGGUACCGGUGGAGGUGGCGGCGGCAGCACCUUUGCUCCUACAUCGGAAGCAGCGCAUGCAGGGGCACAACAACAGCCAAUCACGAUCAGCCUUGGCCAGAAGCGGUCCCGCUCUGGGGACAUCUUCAGCAUUCCACUGCCGUCCAUUGUAGAUGGCAACGAGCACCCGGCGCUGAGGAGUGCGGGCAAGCGCCCUGCCGUGGCCGACCGCAGCGUCAUGUUGCCGCAAGGUCCCUGGGAGUUGCCGCAGCCACCGCCGUACAACCCUCAGCGCGAUAAUUCGACAUCAUCCUCGUCGAAUCCCACCGUUACCCCCAUCACCACACCCGCGAAGGACAUGCAAGCCGCCGCCGCCAUUGCCCCCGGUGGCGUGGGCGUCGGCGUGGACGAGGAGCUCGCGCCGAAGGCUGGCGUCCCUACUGCCAGCGCCGUGAUGAGGAGAGACUCCGCAGUUGGGUCUAGAGGAAAUGGUCCAGCUUCUGCUCCGAAACCAAGCCCGGAGAAUGAGCAGCGAGGCUCCGAGACCUUGCCACUUGACAUGUCCAGGAUUGGCUACGUGCGGCACCGCUUUUAUCCACCAGCCUCCUUGGCGACAGCCUUCGGGAGCCCGUUGGCGCAUCACGUGGUAACGGAAGCGACGCCACGCGGCAUCAGCAACGGCUCCGCUGGAGCCGCAUCAUCCGUUGACUCAUCAACCCUACGCCGCUCUGCCUCCGCUCCGCGCAAUCCGCGCACGGCGGGGUCCUCUGCCGGCGUCGACACGGUUCCGGAGCUGGAAGGCCUCACCAUCAACAGCGCGCGCUGCUGCGAUCACAGCGUGGCGCUCGGGCUCCAGGAGGCUACGGGCGCGGUCGCCUUGUCGCGGCGGCUGCACCGGGUGGUGCUCCAACGACAGAGGUACCAGCACCUGUACGGAUCUAGCAGCCAGCAAACAGCACAGACCUCGUAUCAGGAGCCGCAGGAGGGCUCUGCGCUGGGUAAUGUACCAGACCAGCAGCAGCUAAUGCAGCAACACCAAAGCGGCGGCGGGCUAGGGCACACGGCAGGUAGCUUUCUAAGCUACCUGCAGCAGCAGCAGGACUUCAUGCCGCUGCAUGCGCAGCUCCGGAACCGCGCAGCGACCCACGGCGGCGCGGCGGGCGGCGGACUCGAGCAGCUCGUGAGGUUUACGCUGAGGAAUAGUCAAGGCAGCGGCCCCGUUGUUGCGGCUACGGCGCUGGGUGCCCACGGCGGCGCCACACGGGCCACAGAGCAGCAAGAGGCCACGUGGCUGAGUGCAGCCGCUGCGACGCCAGGCAGCUUGACCGCGCGGGAGGGCCAGCAGCAGCCCCACCAAGAAGAGGAGCAACAACAACAACUUGGGUUCCAGCGAUCGCUCGCACGAUCGGAUCCAGGCAAGUAUUGCCAUCCGUUCGCCGUACACAGGGCGACGCCAGGGCCUGAGGAUGGCGUCUUGGCGGCGGCGGCGGCGGCAGCUGCGCAGUAUGCUGGCGGCGGCGCGGCGGGCACCGGGGGUGGCGACCUCACCACCGCGAACCUCAUUACACCGUUGCGAGAGAUCAACGCCCUGGCGGGGGCGCUGAAGCCCAUUGGGCCCCUCCAACGGGGCCUUAUGCGGGGCCCUCCCGGACCGCCAGGGGAGGCGCCAGCUGCGGGCAACUUCGUGGGGCCGCUAGCGUACAACCUGGCCGCCCGCCGCGCUCGACAUAUGCCUUCCACGAUGGUUCAAAGCAGCUGGGGUGAGGCGCCCGCACCCGCACCUGCGGCCGCCUGGCAGGCUAUCAACCCCGCAGAUUGGGACGCCUCUGCCAGCGCCGCCAGCGCCGGCGGAGGCGGGGCCAACGAUCUCUCCGACCAAACUGCCCACACGGCAGGAGGCGCUCUCUAUCAGCAACCCCCACAUCAGCACCAACAGCCGCCACCCUACCAAGCUUCCAUGUCCUGCGACUGCCUCGACCCCCUGCACCCGGACAUGCACCUCGCAUGGCCGACGGGUGGCGGCGGGGAGGAGAGGUCAGCAGCAGACGCGAGGCCGUCGCAGGGGAGGGACACGCACGUCACAUACACCGUGUCCGCUACAACGCCCCUCGGUGAUGUGGUGGAGCCGGCGCCACGGCCGAGGAGAAAGACGGUCGCGUCGGACAUAGCGCCGGUAACGAAGGCCAAGGAUGCGGCGACCACGGUGGGGUCCCAAUGGGCAAACAGGCGACGUGCUACCGUGGACGUGGUGGGGACUAGCGCAGUGGGGGCUAGCAUUACCAGCAGCUCGGCAAGCGCUGGCGGGCAAGGGGAUGUGGCGAGGGGUCUCGACACAGGGGAGCUGGGUAUGCAGCCGUACGAGCCCAAGUAG